AUGGGGAUGGCGCGCGGAAGUCAGCCGGCCAUAAAAUUCAAUCAAUUACUAAUUGCAGCAGAAACCACCAUAAUGACAGAACGGAGCGGAAUUUCCCGCUGGCCUUCGCUGCGCCUGCCAGCGAAGUUUUCGGUAAACGGCUGGGCCGAGGGUCAGCCGACUGACCAAUAUUGGAAUGACGUUUCGGUGGUCAGUUUCCCUUGCGAUCCCUCCGAAGCGGGUCACGUAACGUAA